AUGGAGUCUCCUCUGGCCGCCUUGUUGUGGCGGUCGCUCCGUAUUUACCAAGUCUUUGGCGCGAACACCGAGCCAAUCCCCUCUGAUGCCUCGGUGUUGGCCCGGUGCCGCGAGCAUGCCUCGGAACGCGCCAGGGCCGGCAAAGGCUGGCUGUUCAUGGAAACGGCCGGCGGCGUGCACUCGCCCGGCCCGUCGGGCACGACGCAGGCGGACAUGUACACGCCGCUCCGCGCGCCCGUCGUUCUUAUCGGCGAUGCGAAGCUGGGCGGCAUAUCACAGACGAUUGCCUCAUUUGAAGCCCUGCGCAUCCGCGGCUACGACGUGCAGUCAGUCAUGCUCUUCCAAGACACAACGUACCAAAACUAUCUCUACCUGGCCGAUUAUUUCCUGCAAAAGUACAGCAUUCCCGUCAUGAGCUUGCAGGCGCCGCCUGAGCGCCUGCAAAACGAAGCGCGCGAUGUCGAGGCCAUGAAGGAGUACUAUGAGCAACGCACCGAGGAAAACGUCGUCAAAACUGUACUGGAACACCUCGAUCAGAGCCAUACCAAGAGACUCGCCAGGUUGGACAGCAUGGCGACCAAGGCUCACGAGACCAUCUGGUACCCAUUUACCCAGCACGAGCAUCUGCCCGCCAAGGACAUCAUGACGAUUGACUCGGCCCACGGCGACUACUUCCAGACCUACAACGCGCAGUCUCCCGAGGACGGCGGCGCGCUGCGGGCCUCGUUCGACGGCUCCGCCUCCUGGUGGACGCAGGGCCUCGGACACGCCAACCCGCAGCUCACCAUGGCGGCGGCCUACGCGGCCGGCCGCUACGGGCACGUCAUGUUCGCGGGCGCCAUCCACGAGCCGGCCAUGGCGCUGGCCGAGACGCUGCUGCAGGGCACGGGCAACUCGCGGCUCACGCGCGUCUUCUACUCGGACAAUGGAAGCACGGGCACCGAGGUCGCCGUCAAGAUGGGCCUGCGCGCCGCGCGCGUCCGCUACGGCUGGGGCCCGCACGAGAAGCUCGGCGUGCUCGGCCUCCGCGGCGGCUACCACGGCGACACCAUUGGCGCCAUGGACUGCGCCGAGCCGUGCGUCUACAACGAGAACAUUGAGUGGUACGAGGGCAAGGGCUACUGGUUCGACUACCCGACCAUCCUCUGCAAGGACGGCACGUGGCAGGUCACCGCCCCCGCCGGCCUGGAGGAGGAGCUCGGACGGCCGCGCGAGUACGCGUCGCUGCGGCAUAUCUUUGACGUCCAGGGGCGCGAGCGCGAGAACCAGCACAGGCUGUACGAAGAGUUUAUUGUCGGGAAACUAGAGGCCCUGAGGGCACAGGGGCGCAAGUUUGGCGCGCUCAUCAUGGAGCCGAUUGUUCUCGGCGCCGGCGGCAUGGCAUUCGUCGAUCCUCUCUUCCAGCGAACCCUGGUCCAAGUCAUCCGACGCUCCCCCCAUCUCUUCACCUCGGAGCCGGGCGUGCGCGCCCGCACCGAGGCCAGCAAGCAGUGGAGCGGGCUGCCGAUCCUCUUCGACGAGGUGUUUACCGGGCUGUACCGGCUCGGGCGGUUCACGCCGUCGACGUUUCUCGGCGUGGAGCCCGACGUCGCGGUCAACGCCAAGCUGCUGACGGGCGGGCUCGUGCCGCUGAGCACGACCAUGGCGUCCGAGGACGUGUUUGACGUGUUCCGCAGCGCGGACAAGGCCGACGCCCUGCUGCACGGGCACAGCUACACGGCGCACCCCAUCGGCUGCCAGGUCGGCCUCGAGUCGCUCGCCAUGAUGCGCAAGAUGGAGAAGCGCGGCGCGUGGGACUGGGCCAAGCGCCAGGGCUGGGUGGCUGCGCCGCCGACGCCGGCCAGCAGGAAGACGGCCGCGGAGGACGCCGAGGUGUGGUCCGUCUGGCCGCUGGACCUCGUCGAGACGCUGUCGCGCAGGGCGGCGCGCGUCGACGGCGUCUGGGCGCUCGGGAGCGUCUUGGCCGUGCAUCUCCGCGACGAGGCCGGCGCGGGGUACAGCAGCACGGCCGCGCUGGCGGUGCGCGAGGCGCUCGCAAAGGGCGAGGCGGACGGCCCCAACGGUCCGUGGAACGUGCAUGCGCGGGUCCUGGGCAAUGUCAUCUACCUCAUGGCUAGCCAGACGACGACGCGCGAGGGGGUCGAGAAACUGUCCGACUUGCUUGUGAAUAGUUUGCAGUAG